CCCAUAGACAAAUAUAAUAAGCUAUUUUCACUGAAUAGCCUCCCAUUUGUUUUCCCAAGGAACAAGACUACAUGAGUGAAGUCAUAAACUUUCGAUUCUAUAAUUUCAGGGUGCUACCACUAAACAACAGUCUGGGAAAAAAAAUCCUUGUUAGGGUUUCUAGCUAAGAAUGAAUCGUAUAACUACUAUUAUAUCUUUACUAAUUGGACUGUUAGCAUGGCAGUACUACACACACAAUGUCCCAUCCACUAAUGAAACACCUAGGACAUCUGGAUAUUUUCAUCCAGCCUUCAGAAAGGUUGCUGAGGUUUUCAGAGAAAACUUAAAGAGUGGAUUAGAACGUGGUGCUUCAUUCGCUGCGUACCACAAAGGUCAGUGUCUGAUUGACCUCUAUGGAGGAUGGUCUGAUCAUGAGGUGGAGAGACAUUGGCAGGACAACACUCUGACCAUCUCCUGGUCCAUGGUGAAAGGGGUGGCUGCUGUUGUCAUAGCAAGACUUGUUGACAUGGGCUUAUUAGAUUAUAAAACAGAGGUGUAUAAAUAUUGGCCAGAAUUUGAGAAAAAUGACAAACAGAAUAUUACAGUUGAAAUGUUGAUGGCCCACCAGGCUGGCCUUAUUGGAUUGGAUGAACGCCUUCACCUCUUUGAUUACAGAGAUAAUUGGACAAAAGUUGAACGCCUGCUUGCUCAGCAGAAACCUAAAUGGCCAGCUGGUUCUGCUCAGGGCUAUCAUGGCCUCACAUUUGGAAUGUACGCUGAUGCCUUAGUUAGAAAAGUUGACAAGCAGCAUAGAAAUCUUUCACAGUUUUUCCAGGAGGAAAUAGCACAACCUCUAGACAUUGAGUUUUACAUUGGACUUCCAUUAACUGAAUAUCACAGGUUUGCCAGGUCUAAGGCAGCCACUUUUUGGGAGCAGAGGUUUAAGUACUUUGAUUUUUAUGAAAUCAUUACAAAUCCUCAUACUUCCAUUGCCUUUGAUGUCGUGCAGGUAACAGAAAAGCUGAUGACCAUACCUGAGUAUGCAAAUAUUGGAUUCCCCUCAAUAUCAGGAUUUGGUUCAGCUCGUAGCCUUGCAAAGCUGUAUGACUAUUUAGCCAAUAAAGGCAGUGUCAAAGCCAAGAGGCUAUUAUCUCCUAAUGCUGUUGAUCUUCUUCUGACACCAUUAAACGCCAGCACGCCUAAUGUCUUUCUUCUUGGUAUACCCAUGACUCGAGGUUUAAUGGUGUACACAGAUAGCAAAGGAAGACAUCUCAUUGGCCACCCUGGCUAUGGAGGAAACAUGGCAUUUGCAGACCCUGAACAAAAUGUGGGUGUGGCUUACUUCACUAAUUAUCUCGGUGGAUACCGCAUAGAUGAUCCAAGAGAAGUAACUCUCCGGGAAACUUUCUAUGAGUGUUUUAAGGACUACAAGAAGAGUUCACCCCCAAUCAGAAGUGUAUGAGUGAUGUUGUAUGUACACAGUGUGUAGACAUCGAAUAAGUUUAAAUGUCAAUCAGUCUGACAGGGAUGUAUUUUAUGUCAAUCAGUCUGACAAGUAUGUUUUUUAUAUGUCAAUCAGUCUGACAAGUAUGUAUUUUAUAUGUCAUUCAGUCUGACAAGUAUGUAUUUUAUAUGUAAAUCAGUCAUAUAAAGAUGUAUUUUAUGCAUUGUCAUAAUGAUGAAAGUGUAUGUUAUUUCUUAUUGUUAUAUUUGUUACAUAUGUUUCAGCUGUUCCUUCUAUUGAGUAGGUGUUAUUUCUUAAUAUCAUGAUGUAGAACAAGUAUGUGUUUGUCUUUUUGUUAAAAACCAAAUGAACAGAUACAUACUUUACAUUUUCUACUUGUAGUAUUGAGUUAUUGGCUUUAAUUAGUUUUUGUUUUUUUAAUUUUCUAAAAAUCUUUUAUUUUCCAUGUUGAGCUUGAACUUCAAUAGAAAAUAGAAAGUUAGGACUCACUGGUUUCUUUUCUUUUUUGGUAUAGAGAGAAAAUUGUGCGCACUUGCAUCUCUCAUCAGUUCAUUGUAAUGUACACUUAUUCUAGGUCUUAGUUCAUUGUAAUGUACACUUGUUCUAGGUCUUAGUUCAUUGUAAUGUACACUUGCUCCUUGUCUUACUUCAUUGUAAUGUACACUUGUUUUUAGGCAGUUCAUUGUAACUUAAUAUUGCUAAUAAGAUGUGUGCUUAAUAUUUGAAACUUUUCAUGUUACUAUUAUAGUUGGAUAACAAGCCUUGAACAAGGCAACCUUUUUUAUCUCAACAGUUUUUUUUUCUUAAGUUUUCUUUGUGUUUUAUUUCUUAAGUAUAAAACAUACAAAUCUAGUUAUGUAGAUUGAGUAGUAGUUUUUUUUUUUUUUCAUUUAUAUACAUAUAUAUAGAUAUAUUUGAGACAGUGACAGUGAGUUUAUGUAGUUUCAAUCCUCCUGCAUUGUGGGACAGCAAAAUCCACAAUAUGGUUUAUUAAUUCUAAAUCAUUCCAUGUUAAUAUGUUUUGUUGAAAUAUUUUCAUUUUCUUAUGUGGCUUGUUGAUGUCCCCAAUGUUUGAUAAAACAUUUAUGUAUACUUUAUAGAUUUAGUCUUAACAAUGUUUCUGUCUCCAACCAAUAUGUCUGUUUCACAUCUUCAAAUCAAUCUAUUGUGCCUACUAGACAGUGCCUUGGUGUACUGUGCCUACUAGACAGUGCCUUGGUGUAUUGUGCCUACUAGACAGUGCCUUUUGUGUAUUGUGCCUACUAGACAGUGCCUUGGUGUAUUGUGCCUACUAGACAGUGCCUUGGUGUAUUGUGCCUACUAGACAGUGCCUUGGUGUAUUGUGCCUACUAGACAGUGCCUUGGUGUAUUGUGCCUACUAGACAGUGCCUUGGUGUAUUGUGCCUACUAGAUAGUGCCUUGGUUUGUCAACAAGUUUGAAAGCCAUUUAAAUAUGUGUAUAUAUAUAUAUGGAACACAAUAGCAUGGUAAUAUCUUCAGGCAUUUUUUAUUUCAGUAAGAAUUUUGAGAUUAUGUAAACUUGAAAGAAAUAAGAUUUUCAAUGAAAUGAAUUCAGGAAAAAUUAAAAAAAAAUUCAUUUUUUAUUGUGUGCGUUAUUAAAAUAUAUGUAAGAAUAACUGUAGUUGAAUGUUUCCAAUGAAGAUGACAAUAGAAAUAUUGCAACAAAUUUGUUAAGAUUUUUAUAUUUGUGAAAUUACCUAAGUACCAAGUGCACCAUUUCUGAUUUAAACUGUGUUAAUAUUUCCUAUUGUUUUAUCUACCCUAUUUUUAUUUUUUAUUUUAACAUUUGAGACCCAAAGAAAAGCAUUUGUCAAAGACCCCUGUGAAACAAUGCCAUUGUCUGCUUUAUAUUUGACAAAAUGUGAAGGCCGCAACUGUGAAACAUUACACUCAUGCUUUAUGUUCAGAAUUGAAGCUAAUGCCCUUAGAAUAUUUCCUUGCUCUAUGUUUGUACUCUAAAUAUAAUUGCUCAUCUCUCUAGUCUCUCUCCUUUGACCAGGGUAGAUUUUCUAUCAGGAUUUAAGAAGUUUUUUAUAUAUCUUUUUUGAUUCUAUAGCUACUAUAACAUAAUGUCAUAGGGUCUUAAGAAAUAUUUGUGUCAUUUAACUGCCUAAAUAUUUGGUUUAUAAAUAAUGAACUGAACUUUUUACAUAGUAUCAUUGUACAGAAAGGGAAGCUACUUUGACAUCAAUAAAAUAUUUUUGAAAAUGAACAA